GUGUGAGGGCGCAGAGCAGCGCCGCGGAGCGCACAGGCUUACCCGGGGAGAAACACCUGUUACUGACGGAGCAAGUGGACAAAGACGAGUGGGUCCCCUUGUCUGUGUUGCUACACACCUGACUGCGUUGACUCCUUGCAGCCCACACAUCCCACUGUCUGGUGGGACCAUGUGGGUUCUGGAUAAGAUCCGCGGAUCGGUGGAGACUGGUGUGCUGCGGCAGGGGGAAAACGGAGACAAGAAAGGCGUCGCCUACAGCAACGUCCUCACCCCAGACAAGAUCCCAGACUUCUUCAUUCCUCCAAAGCUGGUCAGCGGCCCCCCAGAACCUGAGGUUACUAUUGUGAAACCCAAAGAAGGACUGCAACCCUCAACUUCAGAGCAAACUAUCGGCAGUGGGAAGAAGAUCAGCAGCCCGAGAAGUCCACGCCUGGUCGCCAAGAUCGCAGGAGACACCAAGAACUUGCUGAGAGCUGCAAACCGUCAUAUCAUACAGAUAGAGAGUGCUGAUGAUGUUGGAGACACCAAUGCAGACCCCCAGUCGCAGACAGCAAUGUCCCUGCCUUAUGUGCCCAAGACUCAAACGCCUUAUGGCUUUACAACCCUGAAGGAAAGCCCACACACUCGACGUAAAGAGUCCCUGUUCCACUGCGAGCUCACCAGUCCCAUCACCUCCCCAAACACCCAGAGAAGGACCCAGGGGAGAAGCAGCGAAGCAGGGAACCACUUGAACCCAGCUGACUUCAACACUUCUCACAUGAAUCCGUAUCGUUAUUUCAGCGGAGGAGAAAGUGACACCUGCUCCUCGGCUGAGUCCUCUCCCUUCAGCUCUCCGCUGCUCUCCCGCUCUGCCUCCCUGCUCAAGAUCUUCACCCAUGAGACGCAAGCCAAAGUCGUUAAAGCCAAGCGGACGUUUGCUCGCCACAGCUCCCUCUCCACUGACGAGUGCAGCUCAGCCGAGCCCAGCCCCAACAUCCAGCGACGGCUCCACGUCCCCUCCUGCCACGGAGCCGGAGGAUCAGACCACGGGCUCCAUCGGGAGCAAACCCUCAACCUGCACAAAGGCGGAUCAGUGAGGAUCAGCGCCAACUAUGACUCCAGCACAUCCCGCCUGCUCAUUCGCGUCCUGGCGGCAGAGAGUCUUUACGACAAGCACGUUGACAUCAAGAGCAUCAACUGCUGCGUGUCCAUCUACCUGAACCCGGGCAAGCUGCAGAAGCAGAGGAGCAACAUCAUCAAGAACAGCCGCAACCCGGUCUUCAACGAGGACUUCUUCUUUGACUCGAUAAGCUCGGUUCAGGUGAAGAACAUGUCUGUGAAGUUCAAGGUGGUGAACAAAGGCACCAGCCUCAAGAGGGACAACCUGCUGGGGGAGCGGGAGGUGCCGCUGACGAAGCUGCUCUCAGGGGUUUAAAGCCACGGGACCUGGCGGUCAAACGAGGCAAAAAACAAGGACACUGAUUAAAACUUAAAUUAGAUGUUUGCACUGGUUUCUAUUCAAAUUGCUGUUUUUGUUCCACUAAAUGAAAACAAUGAACGUUACGAUGAAGGGCGAGGAGCAGGGAGGGUUUCCAGUAAUUGAAAUAUAUUCCUGGAAGGAAAGAAAGGCUUUUUUUCUGUGAUCUGAAAACACUGCAAAGCUCUGAAAAUGAACCUCUUGAUGUAUGUGGACGGAUGAAGGAUUUACUGUGGUCAAGGCUCGCCUGGAUCCUUCAUCCCCAAUAAUGAAUGCUCAUUAAACCAAGCCGGUCUCGACAGCAACAGAUGAAUUUGACAGAUGAAAGGUGUUUUUUUUUCCCUGGACGUAUCUCCCCCGCCAACUUCCUCAGCCAGGUCUAGUUCAAAGGUUGGACGACACCUGUGCAUCAGCCCGUCUCGCUGUCCUUGCCUGCACUGUGUUGGUCAUGUGUGGCAUGGUUUUAUUAUUGUAAUGUGACAUAAAUCCACGGCAGCAGAGGAAGCGAGUGUACAUCAGCCGCGCCAUGUGUGCAGCACAAAGAUGCCUUUGUGAAUUGGAGCUUUGAAGUGGCACUACAUCCUGAUGUGCAAAUGACCCUUUGAUCCCAGUUGCCAUGGCCCACCUCCUACUGGGGAAGGCGAGGGACAAACAGAGCAGCUACAAUAGUUGCAUUAAGAUGCACAUGAUAGAAAUAGAAAUUAUAACACAAAGUCCUAUGAUUGGCAUAAUCUGAUCUGAUUCUGUAUUAAUAGAAAGCAGAACUCCAGUUACAUUUAUGUGUUGCCAAAACCUCUAAGUUUUGUCUGUAAAUUAGUAAAAUUAAAGCAACAUUAAGGUUAAAGGUGCCCUGUGGAGUUUUAUUUUAAACAAUCGAACAUUGUCUUCACAUUCAAGCCCCGUGAACAUGUGUACAGAUGUUUUAAAAACAGAUAUUUUCCCCUCUGUUGUAAAAAAAAACAACGUCCGUCCACAUUAUCUUUGAACUUAGAUAUUAGAAAAAAGUUUUAGUAACCUAAAACUCUGUUGAAGUGCGGAUAAGAAUCCAAAACGUAGAGGAAAAUAUCAGUUUUCAAAGACAUCUGUAUACAUGUGUUUUACUAAAAUGCUUUGUGUGAAUCCCCCAGGUCUACCAAAUGUGUGAAAUGCACUUCCUUCCCCAUAAAACCCAUUUUAAAUAUUUAAAACCCUGCAUUGUUUACAUCCACGCUUGCUUGAUAUCAUUCCUUUAUCUCGACUGCAUUUGACGGUGCAUUACGACAUUUGUUUGUCGAUUAGCAAAUCAGUGUGAAACCAGGAGCAGGAUGUGAAGUGCGGAGUAGCUCUCUCACAAUGACUGCUCCACAGCACUACUCCUGGUCAAAAACUCCACAGGGCACUUUAAAGUUUAUUUUUCUUUUCAGAAAUUGUAAAAAUCUGCCUGUGUAGUAAGAAUGUUUGAACCUGUUUCGCAUGCAAGUCAGUUUUUUUUAAUUAAUCGUUAUAAUUCAUGUAAAGUAAAAGUAAAAGAUUGCUUCUGUGCAACAUUCAGACAGGUUGAAAUAUUCCUCCUGCACUCACAUAUUUUUUAAUGUAUUAUUUAAAAAGAAAAGGUUUUAAAACUCAGCUACAGACAGAAAUCCAUGCAGUGCUGGGUACCUGGUUUUUAAUGUCUUUAGUAGCGAACACUUCUAUCUUUAACUGCAUGAAACCCACCUCACUGAAUCAAUGAAUGUGCUAAAAGAAGGAUAUGUGUGCAGAAUAUAUAUAUAUAUAUAUAUAUAUAAACUUCCUAUAUUUGAUAUAUUCUUAAUUUCUCUUUGGUUGAUGAAAUCUCUCGAGCCUUAUGAAGGACCUGCGUGGACGUCAUGCAUGCCUCAUCCAGUGUGGGCACCUUGAUUAAAUCUUGUGCAACUAGGCAACCAGCUCUUGCCACAUCUUCACUCUGCAUUCAGACCUGCUGGCAUGUUAUUCUGCAUGGAUUCUCAACACCAAAAACAGCCAAGACGAUGAGUUGAGGAGUUUUUCCUUCAGUCAGACAUGUCAAAUAUUUCUCUCUUUUUUCUAAAGUAGCAGCAUUUUACAGAUUUAACUGCGUUUUGGUUCAUUUUGAUAGCAGUGGGACGAGAGGCAAGGUGACUCAGAGUCACACUUUUUACUGUGUAAAUUAGACAUGUUCGUCACGUUAACACAAUUAAACAGUCGUCGAUUUAUGCAACCAGGCUGCUGCCUUAGUCACAGUUUCGGCAGUGGACAAAUACAGUACUUGUGUGCAUGCAAAUGUAUUAAAUGUCUCACGUGAGAAGAAAAAGAGCACUCGUGUCACAGUGCAGAGAACCAGUUGCAUGGCAUGAAUAUGUCACUGACACACUGGUGUUUGCAUGACAUGCUCAAAGUUUUAUGAAACCCCAAAGCCUUACAAUGUACUGUAUGAGAGUGUGUGUGUGUGUGUGAGAGAGAGGCAGAGAGUGUGUGUGUGUUUUUUGAUUAGCAUGAGAUUUCGUCCAAAGUUGUUGAUUUUCUAUGUACAACAUGUAGUAUUUUGUAAAAUGCUUUUAAAUGGUUUGAAUCACGUGUUGGAUUUGUACUGUAAAGAUAUGUACUAGUUUCUACAAGCAGAAUGCCAAUUAUGCACCAAUGAGUGAGACGUGCUGAUGAGAGGCAUUUUAAUUAUGUUUCUAAUGAAGCCCAGGAGGAAGACAUGUUUUUAAAAAAGAAAUGAGGCAAACAAGGAAAACAAUAUCAUGUGUUUAUACGUGAACAGCAGCUCUCGCCUCUCUCUGCGGAGGAGAGAAGAGAAGACAGAGACAUCAGAGUGAUGCAAAUUACCAAGGUGUCUGUCUGACACACUGCCCCAAAGCUUCACUUUAAUUCUGAGAGGAUUACUCUCGUCUGGUGUUUGUAGCUCAGUCCUGGCACUGUUCUUGAUAUACGCUCUCUAUAUAUACAGUGACACUGCUGGUUGGCUUCGUUAUGGUGUGAAAGUCAGUGAUCUGUUGUAAUCUCUGUUGCAAACAUUCGGUGCCUGCUCGUAGAGUUAUUGUAUUUUUUACUCAGACUUCCUGAACUGUACUCAACCCUGUUGUUACUGAACCCUUCCUGAAGUUCCUUCUAGCAUGACUAACAUACUUUAGUAGUGUCGGUAAUGAAUUUCAGUGGAUUCAUAUUGUGCAGUGGUGAGUCGCCUUGUGCUCUGAUUCUAGAUGAGGAUUUGCUACCGACAGGAAUGUUUAUAAUGAUACACCUGAAAUGUGGGUGCUGAGUUCUGCAAACUGUCCAACAAAGUCCUGUUUUUGUUACUAAUUGCUUUGACUGUUUUCAUGUGGCUCAUCAUUUAAUGAAUGCAGGGAGAAAAAAUAAUACACAGUUAUCUGAGUAGUCAUGGCCAGGCUUUGUCACAGAUUCAUAUUCUGCAAAUGUGGAAGAGUUGGGCCAGUAAACAUAUCUGAGAGCUUAAUAGGAGAUGUUAACAUUUUUAGAGGUUUCAACUUUUUAAAAAGUUUAUCUUUCUUUGUCUUUCCCUCAAGCUCAGAAAAAUCUGUAAUAUAUUUGAUGACUUACAAACAUGUCUGUAAAAAACACUUUAUUUUGAAGUACAAUGAAUUUCCCAGCACAGAGCUUUUAUUCUGAAGUGCUGUUUCCUGCUGUAGAGUGAGUGACUAAUGAUGGACAGCUGAUUGACAGAGACAGAAAACUAGCUUGAUGACAUUGCCAAGCGCAUGACCUUGAGUCAAAGACUGAGAAGAAAUCUGGUGGCUGGAGCAUCUGGGAAGCACUGGAUUAGCAUAUACAUUGCAAAGCAUAGACUGUGUAAUGAAGAUGGGUGACUUGACAGCUGCCCAAAAGUGAAGCCAAAAAAUCUUGAUCGCACCCUGGUGGCUGGCUGCAGUAUAAUUUUUAAUUUUUUAAUUUUUAAUUUUUUUUUAUAUACUUUAUUAAUCCCAGAGGGGAAAUUCAAUUUUUCACUCUGUUUGUCAAUUACACACAGGUCCGAACACACACAUGCACAAACUGGACUAAGACUGGACUAAGUUAUAAAAGAAAAGAUCAGACUACACAUCAAAUCAAGUUUUUCCGCACAGUGUGUGUUUUUUUUCUGAUAGCCUAAGUUUGAUUUAAUUAGAUAUUUAAUGCUAUAAAAAGCUUGUGAACUGAAUGCUACAGAUAUGGUGACUGCGCAGACUCUGGCUCCAAAUUACAUCAACAGUGCAAGAUGGCAGCAGCCGUAUUGGGGAUAUUUUGGCUUCAUUUUUGUACAGUGGGAGGAAGUGAAGGGUCGUCAUCCAUCUGUUAUACAUACUAUAGUUAGAAGUGCUAAAAAGCUCACUUGAAAAAAUAGUCCUAUUUUCUCCCCAGCUGUAGUUUGUUUAACUAUCUGACAAGACAAAACAUCCAAAUAGUAAAAAAAAUUCACUUUUGAGGUAGUCACAAAAAAAUUAAACACUCCUCUCCAUUUAACUAGUCAGUAACUUUGCUAGCAAGCUAAUGGUCAAAAUUGUAGAAUGGGUUAAAAACAAAGAGCUAACUUUGGUUCUCAUAACUGGUGGGGAAGAUGUUGUUAUCACCUAAUUCAUGUAAAAGUGUUCAUCCUCUGAACAGGGGGCAUUUCUUUUCUACUUUUAUCUGUCUAAGAUAUAGGCUAUAGGCUCAAUUUCCUGCUACCGUUAGCAUGUUAGCCUGUUAGCCUGUUAUUUUAGCAUCAGUCUCAAAGUGCAGCUGAUGCUGAUUGGACUGUGAUCGCCGAAUUGUUUGACAUUUUUGAAAAAGGCUUCUUUUUUGCAUUCUUGCCAAGAGUUAGAUGAUAUAAGAUAGAUACCAUAUCUGAGCUAGGGCCAGGAGGCAGUUAGCGUUAGCUCAGUGUCAAGAUAGCAAAUGGGGAAAGUGCUAGCUUGGCUUAUUUAGAAGUGAGUAAAAAUAAUACGCCUACCAGCACCUCUGAAGUUGUCUUAUUUAAGAAAUACUUCACCCACAAAACAACCAUUUUGUAUAUCAAUUACUCACCCUGUGUUAGGCUUGUAAGAGAAAUCUUUGUUUUUUAGCAUUCCCCAACGAUGAACGAAGAAUCCAAAAUCGGAGAUACAUAUUGAUGAAUUGAAGUAAAAGGGGUCCCCACAGUAAACUAUAACAAAAUAUCUAUUUCCAAACUCUCACACAACUCGUGCAUCAUAAUCCAAGUCCCUUUUAUCCAGUUGCAUGCUCAAUACUUCCCAAACAUGAGCAUUUUCACUAAAACCUUACAAUUUAAAACACUUCCGCAGUAACAGUCUCAGGCACAGGAGUAGUGCGCCUGGGCUUGUGCGCCCAUUUGUACUAGUUUUGCCUGUUGGUGAGGUAAAUAAAAUGUCAUCUGAUAAUCUUUUUAAUAUUUUUUUUGGCCAUUUUGCCUUUAAUGGACAAGAAAGCGUGAAGGGGGGGAGAGAGGGGGGAUGAUAUGCAGCAAAGGGCCACAGGCUGGAUUCAAGCCCGGGCCGCUGUGGCAACAGCCUUGUACAUGGGGCGCCUGCUCUACCACUAAGCCACCGACGCCCCAUAUCAGCUGAUAAUCUAAGCAAUUAGAAUUCACCCCCCUGGGGACAAGGAUUGUUUGUGCCAAAUUUUAUUACAAUUUAUCCAAUCCAUAUUUCACUCUGGAUCAAAGUGUUUAACCAACAAACAAACGUCACCUUAACCAGGGUCGCGCUGAUCAUGUGCUUAAAAACAAGGUUGGUUAUUUCAAAUGUUGACAUUUGUUUGAUCCACAGUGGAAUUACCAGAUUUACGUUCCCAUUAUCCAGCCUGCUGGUGGAAAUCAGUCCUCGUAUCCCUGCACUCCACAGCUGUUUAAUUAAAUAAGGUCCGGAGAGGCUUGACUGAUAACAUUUGAAAUGAGAAUUGAAUGAAGUGUAGGUGCCGGUGUGUGUGAGAUACUGAGAGUGGCGGUCAGUUGGAUGUUGUAUGUAAGUGACGGUCUCAUUUAAUGCCCUCAGUUUUUUUAUAUAUAUAUAUAUAUAUAUACUGUGCAUAUGCUGAAGUGUCCCUCAAGUCUUCCUGUCUUGACAGGUUCUCUCGUGAAACUGAAACUGAAAAGCGGCCGUCCAUUACUUGACAGUGAAAUCUUUAUUUCUCUCCAGACGUAGAUAAUGAUAGAAGCUGGUUUCAGUGUUUGGUUGCUGUGCUUGUUGUGCGUCCAGCCUGUGCGGGUGUUUUUUACUGUGAUGCUACAACCACUGACAGCUGUUACUUACUGUGUUAAUGGGUGUGAAAUACUUUAAUUAAAGGAAAAGUUC